GGAAAAAAAGACACAGAGAAACAUCUCCAGAACCCACUUGUGAAGGCAGUAUGGGGAAAAAUAAAAAAAAAAGUGAAAACAACUGACUCGGUCGAAAAAGAAAAUCAAGAGACACCAAUACAAAAGACACCUCCACACAAUAUCUCAAGUCAGA